UGACAAGGAUAGGCAGGCCAUGCAGAUGGCAGAGCGUCGUGGCAUUGCUCCCAGGGAUUACAUUCCACUCGCUGAAACAGGUGUGGAAAUCGAGCUCCAGGCUGACACCAUCAAAAUGGGUGAAAACUUCAAGCUGACGCUCAACAUUAAGAACCAGACCAGCCAAAAAUGCACCCUCGGUGCCACCAUCACUGGCUGUGUGGUGUACUACACCGGUGUCACCAGCUCAAUCUUUAAGCUUGAAAGCAAAGCUGCAUCUGUGGAUCCCUGGAAAACCACGAAAGUGAUGAUCGAUGUCAAAGCUUCGGAGUACAUGCCCUACCUGCUGGAACAGUCCAACCUGCUUUUUGUGGUGUAUGGACGCAUUCAGGAAACCGGCAUGGCCCUUACGACAAUGAGAGUUGUCGCCCUACGUCCUCCUGAACUCACAAUUAAGGUGACUGGAACACCCCGGGUCGGCAAGGAUUUCAUGGUCACUGUGUCGUUCCGAAAUCCCUUUAACUUCAUCCUGAAAAACGUUCAGCUGCGCCUAGAGAGCCCUGGUCUGAUUUCGACCAAAAUGAAAACAUACGC